AUGGCAACUGCCCUUCGUGAGGUCCUCAAGCUCUCCGCGGGGCGCCGGCAAGUAACAAUGGAAGGCCAAGUCAAAGUACGAGCAGAACAUUUCGACAAGGUCUCCAUGAUUGGAGAAGGAACUUUUGGCAAGGUUUUCCUUGUCUUUAAAAUAAAUGGGUGGGACUAUGGCCGCCUAUAUGCCAUGAAAAAGGCGAAGAAGACAGAAGACCGGAAGAGGAUGGACAACUUGCUGAAUGAGCUCAAAGUGCUGAAGAGCGUGCGUGAGAAGCGGUUUCUGGCAUCCUUGAAUUAUGCAUUUGAGGACCCCACACACCUAAACUUCGUGUUUGAUUUCGUAAAUGGGGGUGACCUGUAUACCCACGUGUCACGGAGGGGCAGUUUGUGUGAAUCGUGUGUCAAGUUCUACGUUGGAGAGCUUGUCCUGGCCCUUCGAUACUUACACAAGCUGGGUAUCGUGCAUCGGGAUGUCAAGCUAGAAAACAUCCUCAUAGACUCCUCCGGUCAUGUCAUCCUUACUGAUUUUGGUUUCAGCAAGUUUCUCUCUUCCUGCCAGAUCCCGAGUUCGGAAUCGUGCGGAACCCUGCGGUAUAUGGCGCCAGAGGCCAUCCAGGCUGGAGGACACGGCUAUCCAGUGGAUUGGUGGGCAGUAGGAGUCGUCUCCUACGAGCUUCUCACCGGUCAUUGUCCAUUCACGGCACACGAAGAUGAAAAUGAAAACUACUUCGCAUCCAUCAUCAGCUGUCUGUCAGCAACGAGGUCCUCACUCGGCAGUCUGGGCUUGUCCAUCACAAGGUGUCGGGAGCUGGACAUGGGUCUGGAUGUGUCUUCCAUGCAAGCUCUCAGACCCAGGGCUUGCAAGCGUGUUCGCUUUGAGCUAGAUGGUGCCAGGCCUUCCCAAGACCUUACCGAGGUGGACCAGACGAAAGUUCACCUGGACAUGAUGGCGAAAGACCAGGUUUCUAACAAGCGUUGCCGAGUAGAUCAUUCUUUUGUACGGGAAGUUCUCUCUUUCCCUAGAGAGGUACUCUAG